AUGCGUUUCACAAAACGAAUAAGCCUCUUCCUGGGUCAGACGAUCAAGAUUCCUAGUCGCUCUCUAUUGGGAAACCCAUCUUUAUGCAGGUCUUAUAUCGUCGGGCCAGUCUCUAGUUCGCCGGCGUUUCCGAUUUCGAGCUGUGAUGGUGUCACGGGAUUGUCUCACUCCAUACGUCGUCGUUUCAUUGGGUACACUGCGGAACAGUUCUCGGAUGAUGAGUACGACUGUGAAUUCGAGGAGCAUAAGGCUUCAUCUUCUGUGGCCAAUGUUGAUGAGUGGAAGUGGAAGUUAGGCAUUCUAUUGGCCAAUGGUAGCGAACAAGAAAUUGUUUCUAGAGACAAAAGAGAUCGAAGGGAUUAUGAGCAGAUUUCAAAUCUUGCCAAGAGGAUGGGACUGUACAGUGAGAUUUACGGAAAAGUGGUUGUUGCAAGCAAGGUUCCUCUUCCCAACUACAGGCCAGAUUUGGAUGAUAAGCGACCACAACGGGAGGUAGUACUUCCUUUGAGUUUGCAGAGAAGGGUAGAGGGACUCCUCCAGGAACACCUUGAUAGACAGCAGCUAAACUCAGGAAAGGCUAAUGAAGGUGUAACUGAUUCUCAAGCUCCUAAACAGACUGAAGAACUUCCUGAUGAAAACUCUGAUUCGUUUCUCGAUGGCUCUGUUAUGGAGAAGGUACUUCAGAGGAGGAGUAUGCGGAUGCGCAAUAUGCAGAGAGCAUGGCAGGAAUCUCCUGAGGGGCGUACAAUGCUGGAGUUCCGAAAAUCUUUGCCUUCAUUCAAGGACAAAGAAAGACUUCUUCAAGCUAUUGCUCGAAACCAGGUAAUUGUGGUAUCUGGGGAGACUGGUUGUGGUAAGACAACUCAACUUCCACAGUACAUUUUGGAAUCGGAGAUAGAGUCUGGUCGAGGAGCAUUCUGCAGCAUCAUUUGUACACAACCUCGGAGAAUAUCUGCCAUGGCAGUUGCAGAAAGAGUGUCAUCUGAGAGAGGAGAACCACUUGGUGAAACGGUUGGGUUUAAAGUUCGGCUAGAAGGAAUGAGAGGAAAGAAUACCCAUCUUCUGUUUUGUACAAGUGGUAUUCUACUCAGACGAUUGCUUAGUGAUCGCAAUUUGGAUGGCAUAACACAUGUUUUUGUUGACGAGAUUCAUGAAAGGGGCAUGAACGAAGAUUUCUUAAUAAUAGUGUUAAAGGAGCUUCUUCCACGGCGUCCAGAUUUAAGAUUGAUUCUCAUGAGUGCCACUUUGAAUGCUGAACUCUUUUCUAAUUAUUAUGGAGGAGCACCUACAAUUCACAUUCCUGGCUUCACACAUCCAGUGAAGACACAUUUUCUGGAGGAUGUACUGGAAAUGACUGGAUAUAAGCUGUCCUCUUCCAACCAAGUUGAUGAUUAUGGCCAAGAAAAGACGUGGAAGACGCAAAAGCAGUUAAUGCCACGCAAAAGGAAGAACCAGAUCACUUCUCUUGUUGAGGAAGCUCUCACCAAGUCAACUUUUGAAAGCUACAACUCUAGGACACGUGAUUCGCUUUCGUCUUGGAUGCCUGAUUGCAUAGGAUUUAAUCUCAUUGAGGCCGUUCUCUGUCACAUAUGCCGCAAAGAACGUCCAGGCGCUGUAUUAGUAUUUUUGACAGGAUGGGAUGAUAUCAGGUCUCUGAGGGACCAAAUUAAAGCCCAUCCUCUCCUUGGGGAUCCCAAUAGGGUCUUGCUGUUGAUGUGUCACGGUUCAAUGGCAACUGCUGAACAGAGACUUAUAUUUGAGAGAGCACCUCCUAAUAUUCGCAAAAUUGUUCUUGCUACAAACAUGGCAGAAGCUAGUAUUACAAUAAACGAUGUAGUUUUUGUGGUUGAUUGUGGAAAGGCAAAAGAGACCACCUAUGAUGCUUUGAAUAAUACACCUUGUUUGCUACCCUCCUGGAUAUCUCAAGCUUCCGCUCGACAGAGAAGAGGAAGAGCUGGGCGUCUACAUCCGGGAGAAUGCUAUCACCUGUAUCCCAAAUGCGUGUAUGAAGCUUUUGCAGAGUAUCAACUUCCUGAACUUCUGAGAACUCCUUUAAACUCUCUCUGCCUGCAAAUUAAAAGUCUUCAGGUAGAAAGUAUUGCAGACUUCCUGUCAGCUGCACUUCAGGCUCCAGAGCAUUUGGCUGUUCAAAAUGCUAUUGGGUUCCUGAAAAUGAUCGGAGCACUGGAUGAGAAGGAAAAUCUGACGGAUCUUGGAAAACUCUUAUCGAUUCUCCCGGUCGAUCCCAAGCUGGGGAAAAUGCUAAUAAUGGGUGCUAUCUUCCGCUGCUUUGAUCCGAUCCUGACAAUUGUAUCAGGGCUCAGUGUCAGAGAUCCUUUCCUCCUACCUCAAGAUAAGAAAGACUUAGCUUUAUCAGCCAAGUUGAGAUUCUCAGCAAAAGAUUACAGUGACCAUAUGGCACUAGUUCGUGCCUUUGAAGGUUGGAAAAAUGCUGAAAGAGAAGGAUCGGCUUAUGAGUACUGUUGGAGGAAUUUCCUGUCUGCUCAGACUCUUCAGGCGAUACAUUCUCUGAGGAAGCAAUUUAACUAUAUUCUGAAAGAAGCUGGAUUAGUACAUGAUGAUUCAACACUCAACAACAAGCUAAGUCACAAUCAGUCUCUGGUUCGCGCUGUCAUUUGCUCUGGCCUUUUCCCGGGAAUAGCAUCUGUUGUGCACAGAGAGACUUCCAUGUCAUUCAAGACAAUGGAUGAUGGUCAAGUAUCACUUUACGCGAAUUCUGUUAAUUCGCGGUUCCCGACAAUUCCAUACCCUUGGCUAGUCUUUGGAGAAAAAGUAAAGGUCAAUGCAGUGCUCAUACGGGACUCCACCGGUGUGCCUGAUUCCAGUUUGAUCCUUUUCGGUGGUGCCCUGAGUACUGGAGUCCAGGUGGGACAUCUUAAAAUGCUUGACGGGUACAUCGAUUUCUUCAUGGAUCCAAAUUUGGCUGAUUCCUACGUAAAGCUGAAGGAAGAGCUCGAUAAGCUACUUCAAAAAAAGCUUGAAGAUCCAAGCAUGGACAUUCACAAAGAAGGCAAGUACCUGAUGCUUGCAGUUCAAGAACUCGUGGCUGGAGACCAAUGCGAAGGGAGAUUCGUUUUUGGCCGUGACACAAAGAGGCCAAGCCAACCACAAUUAGAAGAGAACAAACUCUGCAAAGACGGUACAAACCCAAAGAGUCUCCUUCAGACACUUUUGAUGAGAGCUGGACACUCACCUCCAAAGUACAAGACAAAACACCUCAAGACAAACGAGUUUAGAGCACUUGUAGAGUUUAAAGGGAUGCAGUUCGUUGGUAAACCUCAAAGGAACAAAACGCUCGCCGAGAAAGACGCAGCUGUUGAGGCCUUGGCUUGGUUGACACAUACCUCUGAUAAUAGUACUGACCAGAACAGUGCAGACGCAGAUUCUCCACCUGAUGUUACUGAUAACAUGCUUAAACUCCUUGGAGGACGACGCAGGCGGUCCAAGCGCAAGUAG